AUGGACAUUGUCUGGCGAGAGAAAAAUGACCCCGCGAUCUAUGAAGCAGCGCGGACCAAAAGGCUUUUCAAUGCCCAAGUCCCCGACAGAUACCCACUCGCCAUCGCAUUUGUCGAGUCGGAUAUACACAUUGUUGACGCUGUAAGACUAGCAAUCGAUCAAAAAUGCCAGAUUUCCGUUCGUGCUGGUGGACACAGCUUCCCAGCUUGGAGUGUUUGUGAGAACGCUAUUCUUGUGGACCUGGGCAACUUUUCCGAGAUUGUCAUGGACGAUGAAACUGGAGUUGUUGGUGUGACUCCUGCUACGACAAGCAGAAAGCUAAACGAAUUUCUUUCCGUCAAAGGGCGAAUAGCCUCUGUAGGGCAUUGUCCUGAUGUUGGACUGGGAGGAUUUCUGCUGGCUGGGGGGUUGGGUUGGAACUCCAGGAACUGGGGCUGGGCAUGCGAACAGAUUGUAGCAGUCGAUGUUGUCACACCAGGUGGUGAACUGCUUAGGGCAGACCGUGAGAAGAAUACCGAGCUUUUCUGGGCUGUAAGAGGGGGUGGUCCAGCCUUCCCCGGAAUCAUUACUCGUUUCUAUCUCCAAACACGACCUGCUCCAAGACGCAUACUGUCAUCAGUAUAUGUCUAUCCUGUGACGCAUUGUGGAGAGGCGUUUAGUUGGAUAUUGGAUAUUGGGAGCGAACUACGAGGAAAUAUUGAGAUAUCUGCUGUGGCUACUUAUGUACCGGAGCAAGAGACGCCGUGCCUGAUUAUCAAGAUGAUGGCAUUUGGGGACGAAGAAGAAAGCGUCAAGCAGCUACAGCGGGCUGAAAACUCAUAUCCACCAGGAUCUUUAUCUCAUUCUUUCUGCCAGGAAACAACUCUACAAAACGAGUUUGAUAAUAUGGAAAUAGCGUUCCCGUCUAAUCAUCGCUACUGUGUCGAUAACGCGUUUCUGAGGAAUGACAUCGAUGUUGCUGCGCUUUUACAAACAGCCUUUACAACAUUGCCUAGCAAGAAGUCAAUGGUGCUUUGGAACUUUAUGAUGCCACGUAGCCAACGAGAACUUCUUGACAUGGCGCUGAGCAUACAAUCCAACCAUUAUUGUGCUGUCUAUGCCAUUUGGGAGGACGAGAGCGAAGACGGAUAUUGUCGGUCAUGGGUUCAAACCAUCAUGCGUGGGCUUGAAACACACUCCAUUGGGUCCUAUGUGGGCGAAUAUGACUUUCAGGCGCGCGCUUGCAAUGUCUGGGGCGCCGAGCAGUAUGAAAGGCUGAAGCAUAUAAAACAGAAAUGGGACCCCCAUAAUCGAAUGUGUCCUUGUCCAGGUCUCCGUCUAUAG